CAGUGCGACGUCGAUGGAGUUCGAGUUCCGGAUGUCCGGUGGACCGCGAUUUUCAAUUUUAUUUUUAUUUCAUCGUCCCCCCACAUUUCCGAGUUCUUAUCCGAUGACGCAUUCUCUAACCAGGAAGUCUAAUUGCAAACAAGUUUGGACCUGUUCACAUUAAUCAACCCACUAUUCAAUUUAACAGUCAGUGCUCGCCAGCAGGACCGUGUUUUAUUCCGCAAAUGAAAAAUAAAAACAGGGACAAAAAUUCGGGAAACGAAAAGAAAUCAAUUGACGAAAAGAUGGUUUUGAAUACUGAACGAUUGAAUGUGAAAAAUCAAGUGAAAUAAAGUGGAAAGGAUAAAGAGGUACUUUGGUAGCCGCUGUGCAGGAAACUCUUGAAAACUUUGGCAAUGAACGUUCGACGUGAUUUACGUAUCUAAGACGGGAAUUUCGAUUUUGUCGAAAGUUUUUGAAGUUUGAUAGUGAUUAUGUUACCUCCGAUCAUAAACAACAUCAACAGUAACAUACUGACUCUUUAUACAAACUCUGGAAAUAAUGGAAGAAAUACAAACACUCGUGCCUCGAGGGGUCGUUAUGCGGAAAUUGGCGUUAAAAGGAAUGAUGUCUUCCUGGAACCGUAUUUGCAGCAACACGGAACUGUUCAGGUCGUUGGAUCUCCAAGUACACCGCCACCAAAUCCACUCCAACACCAACUUACGCAGCUACACCAUGUACAGAGCGAAGAAUCUUUAUCAUCCGAAGGUUCUGCAACCUCCCAUGGAUCUUCAGCUUCGACGGAAGAUUCGGGUAGCGAAGUUGCCUGCAACAUAACUCUUAUCGAAAGGCUCAUUAGAUCUCAUCCCAUUUGGUUCCUCCCUGGUAUUCAAAGAGCCGGUGCCUUCCACUUGUUGCAGGGAAAAGAAGAGGGGAAUUUUGUCGUUCGACAGUCAAGUCAAAGUGACACAAUGGCACUUUCUGUUAGACUUCCACCUGGAAAGGGUCCUUACAUCGAACAUUACCUCAUCCAAUCCAACAAGGGAAAAUUAAGUUUAGAAACGAGCGAAAACAGAUUCGACAAUAUCCCUUCACUCAUCGCCCACUAUUCCCAAUGUUGUGACGAAUUACCAGUACAACUGAUACUACCAAGGGCCAUGAGGGAAGCAAAAAAUCGACAACAACUCUCAUCAUUAGCUCUUUUGGGUCAAGAAUUUUGGAGGUAUCCAAUGGCUAAUCCCAAACCUCCAGAAAGUGGAAGCAGUAAUACUUCGAGCUUAAGCAGUUUUCAUUGUGGCAACAACAAUAACAUCAUUAACACUCCCACCUCAGAAAGUAUUGUGCUCAACUUGUGUCCAAUCUCAUCACAUGAUACAGCGAGUUCCUCUCCAACGAGUACAGUAACGACGUCGACCUUCGCCUCAUCAUUGCCACGCCAACCAAGGCCGACGCCUCCGAAUACUUUAAACUUGACGACGUUUAACGAACCAUUCGAUGCCAAAAAAGAAAGGCUGGAGAAGCUUUCACCAAGUGAGAAGCUUUCUCAGAAGCUCAUUUCGCCCAACCUGGUUCAGAGCGUUCGUUGCCCCUCGCCUGUGAUCCAUAAUGUAGAGAGUAAUGUUCUUAGCCCCUUGGAGUCGAGCGCCAACACCGAGACAACCAAAAGUAUCGAAGUUCAGACCUCCAAGUCAGUCGUCGAGUUUUCCAGGAGCAAUAAGGUCUCCUCGGUCACCUCUUCUACCUCGAACUUCCAUCAGAAUCUCGCCAAUUUCAAUAAUCUCUCGCGCACGAAUUCACCCAUCCUGCCGGAAAUGAAUAAGAACCUCGUAGAGAGUCAGGGAUCGGCACAGAACAUCAAAACACCACCUCCACCGCCCCCCAGAUGGGCGAAGCCUGGCAUCAGUCAAAGUCAAACCAAUUUCACCGUUACCACGACAGUGAGCUUCAAUGUCAAUCAGAUUAAUGAGUCCUCAUCACAGCAAAAUACACCAUCGGAUCCCAGUACUUCAUUGCUCUCUCCUCAAAGUGCCACAUCGACGAAAUCCUUGUCUUCGAACUUCUCAUCAAAAUCGCCGUUAUCCCCAACGACUCCAGUGCUCUCUCCAUCAUCAAAACUAGUCUGUUCGAAAACUCCAAGCAUCCUCUCUCCCACGACGCCCUCGAGUACCAGCAAAUCCAAACGUCGAAGAGACCGUGACGCCAGGAAAAAUUCACAACACUACCAAGAAUCCGACAUCCUCGAAUCUUAUUACCGAAGUUCCCCAGGCGACAAAAUUUCGGAUUAUGAGGACAUCUGGAAUACGACAGACCAGUCGAAUCACUCCACUUGGUGUCCUAAUGAAAGAGUAGCUCGUGGCGAAGUCCAAGUUGAUCGCUUGAAAAAUUCGAACGAUCGGUUGGUGGGUUCAGAAAGAGUUUUGAGUCCUGGAGAAAAAUCUUCUAAUGAAAGGCUAGUGGCUAAUGACCAGCUCGUUCCACGGAAUGAAAGGCUUGUGAUUCGUAAUGAUAAAUCUGUGGGAAAUGAGAAGCUGAGUUAUAAGGAAGUAACGAGUCAGGAGUUCACUAGCUUCAAACCCAUUAUUGAAGCCAAGUGUCCAGACAGUGGAUCUCUUAAUGAAACGGGGAUGGGGAAGAGACCAGAUCUUCUGUCUAGAGUUUGCAGUGCUAAUUCUCUGAACAGUCCAAACACGAUAACACCUCCAAAAAAUAAGUUAGGCUUGCAUCUGGCAAAAUCUGAAAGCAAUAGUCCUUUGACUCCGGAAUCGAAACAAGGAAGCCCCUUCUACGCUGAACCAGCAGAUGCUAUCAAUCAAAAUGCUAUCGUCGUGCCCAGGAGACGACCAAAAAAUAAUUCCGCAACGAACAAAUUUCGACAUAGUGAACCUGGGUGGUUACAAACGCCAGUUGGAAAUAAUGCGAAUCAACUUCAUCCCAUUGAUUGGGAAGAACCGGAAGAAAUGGAAGAUAAAACGCCACUUAUAUCGUCCUCUGUGGACAAUUUGGCGAAAAGAUUGGGGUCUAGGGAAAUUAAGAAACUUCCGACAGCAAAACCUGUGCAACCACCGAAAAUCAAGGCGAAAAUCUUCACUGAUACGUCGUGGGCUGUAGAUUCCAGUUGGGAAUUUAUUGGGAAUGAUGCAGAAGAACAUGAACCAGAUUACGAUUUUGAUACUAAUUAUGCAGCUGAUAAUGUUGCAAGAAAAUUCCCUGAUGAAGAAAGCGACAAAUAUAUUAUCGGCAAUACCUUGACUGUGAAGAGUAUCAUUCUUCAAAGGUACCCUGAACUUUUGAAACCUCCAGAUACUACGGAGUCUCUUUAUAGUGAUAGAAAUUCUUCAUACGACAACGUAGAGAGAAGAAACGAAAGAAAUGGUACAUUCGAAUCGAAAAAGGAUCAAAUUUACGAUCCUUCCGAAUGGGAAACCAUGCUGGACACGGACGAAAGUGAUGUGGAGAGACUGAAAAGGAAUAAAAGCUUCAAGGAACGUUUGGAUCCCCUCUUGUCACCUCCAAGACUGCAAUCUUUAAGAAACCGAGAAGCUGGAGGAACAGGAUCAACAAUAAGAGCCUAUGCUCUUCAUCUAGCGGCUGAUAAAUCCACCACCUUCUCCCAAAAUAUCGACAAUUUCAUCCAAUGCACCAAGGAGGGCAAAGAAGCGAGUCCUCAUGUGGUAAUGAGGAACAUGAGACAGUUUAUGUCUGGAAUGAAGAACUACUUGGUGAAACAUGGUGAACGAGAAUUUGAAAAGGAAGUUGAAAAAGAGAGAGUCAAACUAAAAGCCAACGAAUUUCUCAAUUUGGAUGCUAUCCUGGAAGAAGUAAUGAUGGGCCUUGUUGUUCGUCCUCUCAGGGAACAUGUCUAUCAAUUAUUUGUCGACCACUAUGCAGCCAAUGAAUCUCUCAAUACCCUUUCUGAGAGCAUUCAGUUUGCCCAGGGAAAGCACAUUCAGGAUUUGGGAGUUCGGCCUAAGAUCAUUCCACCAUCAGAACAAAACCUCGAGCGAAUUUUCAAGAACAUAGAACGUCUGCAAAGAGUCGAUUCUCCGCUCGACAAACUGGAAAACCUCCUUUCAACUAUUUCAGCUAUUUUCAAUUCUGUAAAGCAAUCGAACUCCGGUAGGCAUGUGACUUUGGGUGCAGACGAUCUUCUUCCACUUCUCGUUUGGGUUUUGGUCCGAGGAAGAGUCAUCGAUGCAGAAAUUGAGGCUGAGUAUAUGUGGGGCCUCUUACAUCCGUCUCUUCUCACUGGAGAAGGUGGAUAUUACCUCACAACCCUCUCGAGCGCAGUACACGUUCUGAAAACCUUCAAGUCUAGUCAGGGAACAAUGUCCACGUUGAAUGGAUGCGGAUCGCCUGACUGUUCAUCAGUUUUGCGAAUCCUAGUUCCGGAUGAACUUCAUGGUUCUCUCAACACGAGAACUCUGCCUGUACGACCAAACAUGAGUACUCGAGACGUUUGUCGCAUUCUUGCGCAUAAAAUCCGAUGUACAAAUCCUCAGGAUUAUGGCCUCUUUAAACUAGUUCAAGGAGAUGAAACGUUACUCGGGGACCAAGAAUCUCCCCAGGAGCUCUCGCACUGCCUAUUUGCCUACAAGAGAAUAGACGCAAAGAUCGCUUGGCCGAAAACCGAUACAUGAAUCUUUUGAGAUCCCGAUCAGUACUCCUUUAUCAGCAUUAACUCAAGUCUGCGGCAUUGUUACGAAACUGUAAUCACAUCUGAAAAUCGGCCUUCGACUUUCAAUGGACGGUAGAUAAUACAGGGAAAUCGAUGUGUAUCUAAACUGUAGAAAGAUCUCGACUCAAUAUCAGCAGGAGCUCUUAAACUUACAUUGUUUAAUACCUAAUCAGUAAUCACGGCUCAGUGCAAUCUUCCGGAAAUAUCUACUAGAUCAUUAAAUUACUACAGCUGUAUCGCUAAUUGCAGGAAAAUCUUUGAGUCGAUGGCUAAUUAGCAAAACUAUAAAUACCUACAAAAUUAUGCAAGACCUUCCUGAUUCCGUAUCGAUUUAAUAAACCUCGUAGAUAGUCUUUUUUUGUCAAGCGGCAAUACUUAUAUGAUAAGUAUCCAAUUUAUAGGAUCUUAAUCCAAUCCUUGGAUUGUACCACUUCAUCGAUCUAAAUUACAGGGCUCGGAUCGACUCAAAGACUUAAUAAAGUCACAUAAAAUGUUUCAAGAUAAGACUAAAUGUCUGAAAUGAUAACUUUAUUUGUUUAGUGAUAUAGGGCACAUAAUUCUUAUUAAUUUUACAAUAUUCAUUGUACAGUCAAAAUAAACUUUAUAGUCAAAGAAAUUUUUUUGCAAGUCAUUUAGCUUGAAGGUUUAAAAUAUUUGUUUCUUAACUGUUCAUCUUUUCAGCUUAUUUUCAAAUGAGAAAGUUUACUUGAAAUUACUCAUUUAUUCAGACUUUAAAGUUGAGUAUGUAUAAUUUAAAUAUCAAAUUAUCCAUCUUCUAAUAAUUUAGACUUCAGAGCCUAAAAUUCUCUUUCAACAGGGGAAGUUGCGUGAUUUUUCACGAAAAUAGGGCAAUAAAUUCUUUUAAAGAGUAUAAAUAUAGAUACAGUAUUGAAUUCAAUAUGAAACGCUGUAAGUUUCUAAGAUUUCAAG